UUUAUUUAUUGAGGUGAAAGCUUUCAUUUCUUUUCUCUUCUCUGUUCGACUGGUUCGUAACAUAGCCCUACAUUUUGAUACUCGAAACUGAACUCGUUGCUCUUCGAUAAUGGCGCGCGCUUUUCCUUGCCACUCUAAUCCUACGCAAGAUCCCAGACAAGGAGUCAUCCAAGCAUGGUACAUGGAUGACAGUGAUGAGGAUCAGAGGCUUCCACAUCACAAGGAGCCUAAACAAUUUGUUACUUUAAAGCAUCUCGAUGACCUUGGGGUUCUCAGUUGGAGAUUGGAUGCUGACAACUAUGAAACUGAUGGGGAAUUGAAGAAAAUUCGUGAAGCUCGUGGAUAUUCCUACAUGGACUUCUGUGAAGUUUGCCCUGAAAAGCUUCCAAAUUAUGAUGAGAAGAUCAAGCACUUCUUCGAGGAACAUCUGCACACUGAUGAAGAAAUCCGUUACUGUGUAGCUGGAAGUGGGUAUUUUGAUGUAAGGGAUCGUGAUGAUAAAUGGAUACGCAUAUGGGUGAAGAAAGGUGCAAUGAUUGUAUUGCCUGCAGGAAUUUACCACCGGUUUACUCUAGAUUCAGACAAUUAUAUUAAGGCCAUGCGACUGUUUGUUGGUGAUCCAGUUUGGACACCUCAUAACCGUCCCAACGAUGACCUUGCUGCACGAAAGGCGUAUCUGGCAAAUUUUGUGAACAACGGAACUUAUUAUAAUCAAGAUGUUGAUAUAUAGCAUGAGCUGCUUGCUUAAAAGAGUUGAAACAAAACUAGAUGUUGAAAAAGUUUUGUUGCAAAUCUGUGAAUCAUACUGAUCAUGCAGCACAAUGCACAAACAUUCUGUACAGAGGAAUAAAUAUGUUGAACGUGUGUA